AAUCAAUCCGAUAAAUCAACCCAAUAUACUCUCCCUACCGAUUCAUCAAACACCCUCCGCCCUGUGAAGCUCUCUAUAUUCAAAACCCAAAAUUACACUCCAACAUCCUGGAACGAGCAACCACUAUACCAACAUCCAAAAUGUCCAACUCAGAAUCUGAAUCUUUCCUCGCCGAUCUCCCUCCUCUCCCAGAAACCGAAUUCUGCGUUUACGGGACAGUCCAUGCAUACCCCGAACACGCCGACGCCCUAGAAGCAGUCUACGCCGAGACAACGCGUCUCGCGCAAUUCGAACCGGGCGUGAUAUACUACUGUCUUACACGGGACAGUGAGCAGCCCCGUAUAUUCUAUUUCUUCGAGCACUACACGGGCAAACGGGCAUUUGAGGAACAUAAUGCGCAGCCGAUUAUACAAAAGUUGAUGGAGGAUAAAUUAAUCCGGGGGGUGGAGGCCAAGUUUGGGAAACAGAUUAAAUCGAAAUCUGGCUGAUUGCGGGAAGUGGAUGAUGCUGUACAUUAUCUAAAUUAUAGAGAGUUGUUUUUGACAGAAUUCGCCCGUCUGGAAUGCAUCAUUAUUCUUCUGAGAUUGGAGGCCUCGCUCUGCCAUAAGCUCAACUCGAUAAGCUUUCGCUUCUUCCAUGGUAAUCGAGUUCACGGCUUCCCCGUCGAGCACCUGUUGUGCACCUUCACCAUGCUUCUGCGUCUCCGGUCUCCAAUCCUCGCGCUGCGGCGGUACAUUUGCAGACGAAAUGAUCCGCAAGUGCGGAUCCACGAGGAAAAGUGCAAGAAUCUUCCUGUGACCGGGUUUAGAUGGAUCAGCUAGGGAGAAGGGAGAAACCUGGUGCUGUAGUGUAUUGGGGAAUGUGAUAAUGCGGCCUUCUUUGGAGACGACGCUGCCCAGUUCUUGCGUGAUCAACUCGAUGUUGUGGUUUCGGAAGUCUUCAUGGAAGCCGUAAAUCUGUUGCAAGAACUCAUGUUGACUUUGCUCGUAGGAGAUGUCCAUCAUAUCGUCCAUUCCUCGGUGGCGGAAUGCGAGUGAGCUG